CCCAUCCACGCUUCUGUCUCUCAAAAAUUAUCUCUACAUUGCUUUUGCGAUAUUAAAAAGAAAAUUGUGCCCAAAAACAAAGGAAAAACUUUUUUGAAAGCACUUGACCGACAUUAUUCCUUCCCAGAUAUAAAAGAUAAAGGCAGAGAGAAAGAAAAGUUUUUCCAUUAAAUUAUUUGAAAUCUUUUUGUUGAUGAGUAUCAUCAUUAGAAUCUAAUAAGAAGUUGUUUACGACUUGCGAUAAACAUUAUAGCUGCAAAACAUUGACUGAAUGAGCAUAAAUUAUACAAAUAAAGUUCCAAUAUGCCUGGAAUAGUAAUAUUUCAACGCAGAUGGUCAGUAGGAUCUGAUGAUUUGGUAGUUCCUGGAUUGUUUUUGUUUGUAAUACAUAUAGUAUGGUUAAUUAUACUUACGACAAUUCUAUUACUAUUUGAAUAUGACAAAUCGAUAAAAUGUGUAGAACUUUUAUGGUUUUACAUUGUAAUUUAUAUUUGUCUAUUAGCUGUUAUAUCAAUUAAUGAAUUAUGCAUAUGUAUAGUCUCGAUGCGUGGAUCAAUUUUAGAGACUAGUAAAAGAUCUUCAAUGCAAUAUUGGCUGUAUGUUAGAUUCAUAUUAAUGUUAUUCGACUUUGGUGCGAUGAUAAGUGCAAUCGUGUGGGUGAAGGAAUUUUAUUGGAAAUGUCCUAUAGAGGAGCCAAAGGAGAUUGUAAUGACAUCUGUUGUGUGCAAUUUACUCGUAGAAUUAUCAGUUAUUAUGACAAUAUACUGUACAUUCGAUGCGGCAGGUCGUUCAUGGGUAAAGAUGAAGCAAUAUCAACGAUCAAUGCGUGAAUCAGAAUCACGUUUCAAUUAUCGAAGGAGUGGAAGUAGAAGUCGUAAUUGGAGGCAAAGGAAAGUAAUGCGAGCUUAUCAAGAUAGUUGGAAUCAGAGAUGUAGGAUAUUAUUUUGUUGCAUGGGCUCAUCAGAUCGUAGUCGAAACUCAUUCACGGAUAUUGCUCGACUAUUAAGCGAUUUCUUCCGAGAUCUCGAUGUUGUUCCGUCUGACGUCGUUGCAGGAUUAGUUCUUCUGAGAAAAUUUCAAAAACUUGAACGUGAAGCUAUCGUGAGACAGCGACGACAUGGAAUUUACGAGUAUCUUAGUGGAGUUCCAGUAACAGAACGAACACAAUUUUUAGCUUUAAAUGACAGCCGAGAUUAUGAACAUUUUCAAUCAGUUAUUCACUACAUGUAUUACGCGAUUGCUUCAUAUGGUUGGCCGAUGUAUCUUAUGACGCAUUCCACAACAGGCAUAUGCGAUCUGUGCCCAAAUCUUAAAUGUUGCAAUCUAAUGUGCUUUAGACAACAAGAUAAUGCAAAAGUAAUUGAAGAUAAUUGCUGUUUGUGUAAUUACACUGCACUCAAACAAAUGCUGGCUGAAGGAGACGUCGAGAUAAUUUAUGUAACUUAUCAUGUCGAUAUUGGAGAGACGCCAUUUUUUGUUGCUGUUGAUUAUGCAAGGGAGAAGAUUGUAGUCUCGAUCCGAGGAACAUUGUCAAUGAAAGACGUAUUAACAGAUCUGAAUGCUGAGGGGGAGCCAUUACCAAUUAAUCCUCCACGUGAAGACUUUUUAGCCCAUAAAGGAAUGGUACAGGCAGCUGUUUACAUUAAAAAUAAAUUACAGGAGGAGAAUCUAAUUGAAAAAGCUUUAAAUCACAAUCCAGCAAAGGGAACUCAAGACUUUGGUCUCAUCCUUGUUGGACAUAGUUUAGGUGCAGGAACGGCUGCAAUUUUAGCCAUUUUACUCAAACAAGAAUUUACAAAUCUUCAGUGCUUUAGUUAUUCUCCACCAGGAGGUCUUCUGUCAAUGCCAGCUGUUGAAUAUAGUAAAGAGUUUAUUACAUCCGUUGUUGUCGGUAAAGAUGUAGUUCCGCGCAUUGGACUCCAUCAAAUGGAAUCACUGCGUGCUGACCUUAUAAAUGCAAUUCAGCAAAGUAUUGAUCCAAAAUGGAAGACAAUAGCAUGUAAUAUGAUAUGUUGUUGUUGUGGUGCUGAACCAGCUUCUGUGGUUAAAAUGAGCGAGCAAGAUUCAUAUGUCAAUGCAUACAACGAGAAGAAAGAGAAAUCUCGACACAGUACCGUCCAUCCUAAUGAUAAGUCGAUUGCUUUAUCGCUUCAUCAUCCAUUAUUUCCGCCAGGAAGAAUCGUACACAUCGUUCGACAUCAUACAACACAGAAUGAACAAGCAUUGAAUAAGCAUGAGCCCGUAUAUCAAGCAAUAUGGGCAGAAACAACUGAUUUUGAUGAAGUGCUUAUAUCACCCGUUAUGCUGCAGGAUCAUAUGCCCGAGACAGUUCUCUCAGCGCUGGAAAAAGUUGUAACAACAUUUGGGCCGAGAAAACCUCAACGACAGUACUCAUCUUCGAUCGCAUCAGAUCCAUCAAUCAAUUCAUUGGCAAAGGAACAUCAUAAUUUACAGCAUCAUCAUCAUAAUCAGCCACAUCAUGCUCAGCAUCCAAAUAAUAAUAAUAAUUUAACUCAAAGCUCUGCGCAAGCAUCGAAAUUAACACCAAAUUCCCAACGUGUUCUAUUAGAAACAUCCUUUGGUUCACCACCGAGAGCUGAGAGUGGAAGGAAAAAUAUUCAAAAUCAGUUACAACAGCAGCAGCAGCAGACACAAAAGCAACAACAAAAUGGGCAUGGUGCCAAAAAUCCCUCGAAGCAAUCGAAAAGUGUAGCAUUCAGUAACAAUGGUGUUGCCUAUCCACCACAAAAAUAUAAACCGACUACGCUUUCGUUAUGUGAGACACGUCCAAAUCCGUUUGAAGGAAGAAUCAUUGAUUUAAUUUACGAUGACUGGUUUGGACUUGCUCCGUUAGCGUCUCCAGAGAGUCUUUCGGAGCUAUCCAGUAUUAGUUCUCGGGCUAGUAUUAGUCUUAAUUUAAAUUUAUCGAAUAGUAUUGAAAGGUUCUUGAAUAAAGUUACUAGUAACAUUCAUACACCGACACCUGAGAAGUUUCUAAGAAGGAACAAAACAAAUAGCACAGAAUCAUCAAAUAACGGUAGUAGUAAUGGUAUGUUGGUUGAAGAUGGGCUUAAAACACCGCCAAUGGUUAUGAGAAGAACGCCAAAAUUUAGUGAAAAUUUAUCGUCAUGUGCAGCAGAUUGGAAAUCGCAAAAUAGCUAUAAGCGAAUGGGAAAAGUAUUUCUUAAUAAUCCGCCCAUGACAGGCUCCGAAAGCGAUUCAAUUGAAGAUGGUAGUUAUAACACUGCUGAAAGCUUUACGAAAGGAUUCUCAAACGACUUGAAAGAUUUCCUUAAUAAAGACGAAACGAAAGAUUGGAAAUCUGCCGACAAUAUUGACAAUGAAGUCACAUCUAAUGAAUACAAUAAUAACAAUACUAAUAAUAAUAAUCGUAAAUUUACUGUGAGUGACAGUGCAAUGUUAAGUGAUUGUAAAUCACAAUGCCCUGUAUGUCCAUGUACAAAGCUUCCAGCUGAGGAGUGUUGUCAAAAGAACGACCACAUCAGUUGCAUCAUGUUGAGUGCUCAGGAAUAUCGAACGAGUGGAAAAUAUUCAAUAACGAAUACGACAAGUUCAAGUGAUACAUAUUACUCAUUAACAGGCUCUGAAUGUGGAUUUUUACAGAAUGGAACAAAGGUAUUGCUAUCAAAACUGGGAACAUAUGAAGAGGAAACCUUAACAUGCGAAUUACCAUCGACUCAUGACUCAAUUACUCUCAAUCCAACAACAAUAUCAUCAAUUACACGUUCCGGUAUAUUAGAGUCACACUUUCCGGUCUAUUUUGACUCGAGUGAUGAAAGGUCAUCACUUUUAUCACACGAGAAUAGUCCGAGUUUGAAGAAUAAUCAACGAAAAGGCGUGCGAUAUACGCACAGUAGUGGCAAUAAUAUAACAACAAUGAGGAAGAAAUCAAAUGACGAUGACUUCGGUGGCUUUGCUCGUAAUGAAUCACUACCAUUGUUAUCAAAUCUAGUGGAAAAAUCAUCGCCAACGAAUUAUAUGAAGCGUAAGAAAGUCAUUUAUCCAGCAAUUCAUACACCUCCAAUUAUACAGCAAUCACCAAAAAUCUUUCCCGUCACAACACAUUCGAGAUCCACGCCGGCGAGCAUAAGUAAUUUAUAUAUUUUUAAUGAGAGUAAUGUUUAAGAUAAAUGACGAUGAUAAAUGAUCAUCUGAGAUAUAUAUGCGAGUAAAUGUUAAGGAAUCGAAGAGAUUAAACACUGCAAUAGGACCAAAGAUGAAUCUUUUUCAAUUUGUCUAUUCCGCAUAAAGUCAUAGAUCUUUCCACUCACUUAAUUCGACAUAAAUUACAAGGAUAAACAUAGAAUAGCAUAAAAAAAAUGAUAAAUUUUUAUAAAACAUAUAAAAUACUCAACAAUCUAGCGACAUAUUAAAUUAUUGAGAAAUGAAAAAUGUUAGAUGAGAAAAAAAAGUUAACUGAUUACUCUAUUAGUGAUUCCUGUCUAUUCUGUCUCUAAACUUUGAUAUCUACUCAUUCCAAGCGAAUUAAGAAUCUUGAUUUUUGUUCAAGAUCAACUCGGGAAUUUCUCAAUAUCCUGUCAAUGGCUCUUGACUGAUUUCUUAAUUGUGUUGAAAACUUUUACUUCAUUUUGGAUGGUUUAGAUCCGCGAUGGAUUAAUUUAUAGAUCUUUCAAAAUUCCUUAAAUAAUACUCAAGUCUUCCUAGUUGAUUUUGAACAGAAAUCUCAAUUUGGAAAUUCAGCUCUAAUCUAUUUAAAAGAAAACUAACAUACAUUACUAGAUUAAUAUCUCUUGUUCCAUUCAUUUUUCGCUCUCUAUCCUUCCCUCCUUACAAAAUCUUCCAGAAGUUUUUAAGGAAUUACUUUUAAAAAAGUAAAAAUUAGUAAAUGAAUUAAAAUAAAAAGUAGAGAAAUAAUUUAUACAAAAUUGUUUUAUAUAUAAAAUGAUAAUUUGAGGAUAUAUAAAUUAAAGAUUUUAUUGAAUAAAAGAAGUGG